AUGAGUAUGGUUUCGAUGUUGGCCAUGGAACUAGCUGAGAAUGCAGUUGACUAUCAUCUGACCGGUGGGAUUGUUGCUUUUGGAGAUGCGAAGUUCUGGUUGGCGGCAGUGGUGUCAAUCGGUGCUGGGUAUUUGGCACCCUUGCCGUAUAACUAUCUGCGUCUUCGAAAAUAUGGGAAAUCGUGUCACUGA